AACGUCACCGGGCUAGCAGAUUCGGUGUUUCGGAGAAUUUUUACAUAAAAUAGCGUAAAAUAAGUUGCUUGCUGUUUAAGUGUAAUUUAAUUUCCUGCAUUUUAAGCCUGAAACAGUGCCGUGCGCGUUUGCGAGUGUGACUGUGUGUUCGUGUGUGUGUGUGUGUUUCUGCUAGAAAGUAAGCGAUUUUGCUGAGCCUUAACGUCGGAUGACCAUAAGCAAAACCGGAACAUUUCGUACCGAGAAGAGACUGUACGUUCGAACGAAAGAAGAAGCUCGUAAAAAGGGUUGGUGAAAGUCAGCAAGCGUACAGCGGUGGCCCAUCUCUCGGUUGAUUGCGAUAUGGCUGAAACGGCAACGGAUGCGCCCACGGAACCUGCCCACCCGGAGCUAAAUCUACACGAGACCAAUAGCACGCCCACCACCACCACCGACCCGGAACUGCUGCCCGAUGGUGGGGUGAAAGGGCCCGGCAACAUCCAUACGCCGGCGGAAGGAUUCAUCUGCGGCGUUGUGGAAGGAUUCUACGGUCGGCCAUGGACGACCGAGCAGCGUAAGGAUCUGUUCCGCAAGCUGAAGCAGUGGGGCAUGGACGCGUACAUCUACGCCCCGAAGGACGACUACAAGCAUCGGGCGUACUGGCGUGAGCUGUACACCGUGGAAGAGGCGGACCAUCUUACCGGUUUGAUCACGGCAGCGCACGAACAGGGCAUCAACUUUUACUACGCCCUGUCGCCCGGCCUCGACAUCACGUAUAGCAGCGCGAAGGAGGUCAGCAUCCUGAAGCGAAAGCUCGACCAAGUGUCGCAGUUCGGCUGCAAAGCGUUCGCCCUGCUGUUCGAUGACAUCGAACCGGACAUGUCGAAACCGGACAAGGAAGUGUUUCAAAGCUUUGCCCACGCUCAGGUGUCGGUAACGAACGAAAUUUUCAACCAUCUCAACUGUCCCCGCUUCAUCUUCUGUCCCACGGAGUACUGUAGCUCGCGCGCCUCGCCGACGGUCAAGCAGUCCGAGUAUCUGAACACGCUCGGCUCGAAGCUGGUGCGGGCAAUCGACAUCCUGUGGACGGGGCCGAAGGUAAUCUCCAAGGUGCUAACGGUCGAAAGUAUCGAGGAGAUUACGGAGGUGCUGAAGCGGCCACCGGUCAUUUGGGACAAUUUGCACGCGAACGAUUACGACCAGAAGCGUGUCUUUCUGGGGCCGUACAGUGGACGGUCGCCGGAGCUGAUCCCACUGCUGCGGGGGGUCGUUACGAAUCCGAACUGCGAGUUUCAUGCCAAUGCCAUCGCGAUCCAGACGUUGGCGUACUGGAGCAAGUGCAGCGCGGACACAAAGAUUGCCAGUUCGCUGUCGCCCGACAUAAAGCUCGAGACGGAGAACGAGCAGGGCAUCUGCGAGGGUGACGCACCGGCCUUUCUGUCCGAGAACGUGUACCAUCCACGGUUGGCGCUCAAGCACGCGAUCGCCAACUGGUUGCCGGAGUUUUUCCAGGAGAAGGAAGCGUGGGGCCCGAUUACCAAACCUCAGCCGGCAGUGACAAUGGUCAUGCCCAUCAUACCGAUCAUACCAUCGGUAAACACGUGCAUGACGUUAACCUCGACCAGCACCACCACCACGACCACUGCCACGGUGCUACCGAUGCCGGAGGUCAACACUACCCAGCUGCAGCUGUUUGCCGACGUGUGCAGCACCGUCACGAACGUGGCCGAAUCACUGCCCAACCCCAUCAUGAACUCGCUGGUCUCCGCGACGAAGGUGAUCACGAACGAAUCUCUACCGAAUCCGGUCGCCGCUGCGGUGAACCACAUUGCCAUUCCACCGACGAUCCCGCUGUCCAGCAUUCCGGUGCCACUGCUAAACAUGAAACCGCUGGAAUCGGACGUUACGGGCGCGGAUUGUGGCGAGCAGGUUGGCGGUGUGGUAGAUAUGGACAAGGCUAGCCCGAACGAAGAAGCUCCCCUGGCGGAGGAAGGUUUGCCCGGUACCGUUCCUCUGCUGGACGGUGAUGCGGUGAUACACGACGGCUCGGCCGACCAGCGGCCGGAGUCCGAGCAGCAGCCCCAGACGAUUGCCGAAGAGGAGGGAAAAAUGGUGGAUCUGGAUGAGAACGAGGUCAAGAUGGUGGAUGCAAGCGAAGAGCCGGACGAUAAGAUGACGGUAAGCGACGAACAGGUGCCAGUUAACCAACCGCCAGGGUUGGACAGCAAAAUGGUGGACGAAGAUGAGGGAAAGCCGGAUGUGGUGUUCAGUUCGGCAAGUCCCGCCACCGGGUCCGUUCCGGUGCCGGAACCGAUGGAGUGUGGUAGCAACCUAACCUCUCCCCGGCAUCAGCUGAAAACUCACUUCGAUGACAUUGUGAUGUCAGAAACAACGUCGACAUGUUCCGGCACGAUGCAGGUUGAAAGCUCCGACACGUCGCUGGAAAUGGCUGAAGACAAAAAUGGCCUCGAGAAACAGAUAACCGCCGUAGACAUAAUGCUGCUGUGCGAUCUAUUCUACCUGCCGUUCGAGCACGGUUCGAAAGCUUUGCAGCUGUUGAGCGAAUUCUACUGGCUGCGGAACAAUGCGUACGUGCUCUGUGCCCAGCGUACCAACCGGGCCGGGAAGCAGCGCACAUCGAGCACCGCCAGUGGAAGCAGUCUCGGCGGGGGGACGGCAACGGCGCCGGACGGUUCGGCCGUGCCGCCGAACGCGGGUGACGAUAUAACCGAAACGCCACCGAACGGUCCGUCGAUGGAUGGGCGCGAUCUGACCAAGUGCGACGCCCAGGAAUGGUUGCGACGCUCGGAAGCUUUUCAAACGCUCUGUCAAAGUAUUUUUACGCUAACGAAAAAGGUAUCGCGCUGUGCGAACAAGGAGCUGUGCUACGAUCUCUUCUCGUACGUUUGGGACAUAGCGAGCGUGCUGUCGCUGUUGAGCGCUUUCGUCAGGUGGCUAUCGCUCGGAAACUUUCCGCCCAACAUUAACUCCUUCAACCAGGGCGGUUACAAUUGGUUCAGCAAAGGAUGGAAGGAAACGUUCAUGUCCGGCGAUCAGGAACCGUGGAUAUUUCGCGGUGGUUUGGUAGCCGACCUGCAACGAUUGAUUCCACUGGAUGCGGCCAACGAUCUGUUCCUGUACAAAACGCCCGAAACGUCUUCCGUUCGCCUGUACUCGAUACGUCCGUACACGUUCAGCGACGAGGCCACCCUGUACGACAUCUGUCACCGUACCGCGCACGAUGGCGAUGUGCUGGAGGACCGCCCGACGCAAGGUGCGCUCGCGGCUCUGAUCGCGGACCGAUACCUGGGCCCGUUCCUAACGAUGGCACCCGAAUUUUGUAUGGUGAUCGAGGAUCAUAGCGGGCAGAUCGUGGGUUACGCGUGUGCAGCGCUGGACACGAAAACGUUCAUCCGCAACAUGGAACAUUGCUGGAUACCGGAGAUGUGCUUAAAGUAUCCGGUUACCCUUGCAACACCACCGGAACAACAGGUAUCGGGCAGCAGCAGCAGCAGCGGUGGCCCUCCCUUAGAUGCUUCGUCCCCGGCGGGAAAAGCUGCCCAGCUGGUGCGUGAUAGUAUUCACUACUUUCACAACUUCCAAAGCGACUAUCCAGCCGCCGUGCUCGCCAAACACCCGUCGCUGAUGUGCUGUCGCAUACUGAAGGACCACUUCCUGGAGGACGAGACGGUGUGCAAGCGGGUGGUGACGGUACUGUUGGCGGCCCUGCGUUGCCACGGUUCGUCGUGCGGUGUGCACGUGUGCAUCAAUCGUAACGAUCGGUUUCUGUACCAGUUUUACGCGAAGCUUGGGUUCGUAGAGCUUCCGGCCACCGAACCACCAGCCGCCGAUACGAGCCUGUACAUGGGCCGAAAUUUCUAAACGUUUUCCUACGCAAGUGACCAACACACACACACACACACACUUUUCCGUCCCACAAGUGGAUAUGAUUUUGGGGGAAAAUAUGUGGCACGUGACGGUUCUUGCACAACGAUGCAAGCAUAGCCAGCCGAACCGGAAGAACCUUUGCUUUCCGCUUCUUCCAGCAUUUCCUUACUCAUGCAUCUUACAUCUCUCGCCUCUCGGUCGAAUAUCGGUUAGCGUAGCGGAGAAAUGGCUUAAUAAAUGAAUGUAUUACGCGGCACGAUGCUCAGCGAAACAGUGAAAA